AUGUCAAUAUUAGUUGAUAGUAAUAAUCUUAGUUUUGUUAACGAUUUGAAUCCUGGGAAAGAUAUGUGGAACAUGAAAGCGAGAAUUAUUCGAAAAUGGAAUCAGGGUUACAAGACGGAUCUCAUCUUCAUUGAUGAGAAGGGUGCUAAGAUUCAAGCAGGUAUUAAGAGUCAUCUGAUACCUGUUUUUGAUGGACAACUUCAAGAAGAUGCUGUUGUGAUUCUGUUAAAAUUUGGUGUUGGUGAGAAUAAAGAUUUAUAUAAAGUAGUAGUGCAGCCUUAUAAAAUUAACUUUUAUAGAUGCACAACUGUUACUCCUGUGAGAGAUUGGCAAGGUGUUGAGUAUGGUUUCAAUUUCAGAUCUUAUGAAGAUAUUCUUCAAGGAGAGGCGUUAAACGCUUUAGUGUUGGUAGUGGGUAAGGUUUUAGGGUGUACUGUGUGGAAUGAUUAUGCUCUGCAGAUUAAGGACUUCAUUUCUAAAAUCCCACCUCAUGAGCAUGCGAUGGCUGUUAUACAGCAUGGAAAGUGUAAGGAAUGGAAAGGUGAAUAUACUGUUCAAAGUGAUAAGUUUGCAACACGAAUUUUUCUGAAUGAAGAAAUUGAUAGAGUUAAUGAGCUAAGGAGGAGGCUUAUACUGAAGUUUGGACAAGGGAGUGGUUCUACUUCUCAAACAAUACUAUCGUCUCAGAGUGUUUUUCCAUUGCAUAAAGAAUUUGUAACUGAUGGUGUGAAGAAACAUGUUGAUGAGAUUAGUGAGAUAGAAAAGGAAAUGUCUUGUGUUGUGGUUGCGACAACUAAAAUUGUGCAAGAAGAGUAUGGUUGGUUUUAUGUUGCCAGUCGUAAGUGUUUCAAGAAGGUGAUGGGUAAAAGUGAAUACUUGCAGAAUGUUGGAAAUGUUUCAGAUGAUAUUGUUCGAUUGCCUGCGACUUCUUUGGUCACUCAGAGUCCCUUGGAAAUAAUUCCUUACACGUUUAAAGCUCAAGACACGUGUCUUCAUUAUAUUGGUCGCGUUUUUACGAGGUGUUACACCACAAAGUUCAAGGUGCAAGUGCGGGUGCAGGAUGAGAGUGGUAGUGUUUCUUUUGUUAUGUUUGAUAGAGAUGUUCAGAAGCUUCUUGGAUUAGCGGCGAGUGACAUAAGAGAGAGGCAGGUUAAGGCCAAUGAUACUGGAUUCCCUCAUGAGAUAUUUCGAUUGGUUGAUAAGAAGGCUGCUUUUAAGAUUGAUGUUUCAGAGUUCAAUCUUAAAAAUGACUAUCGUGUUUAUACUGUGCAACAAACAUGUGAUGAUCCAGUAAUAAUUGCUGAGUUGGUUACUCAAGAGGUAGCUUACGUUAAAGAUGUUAACCUUUCAGAAUCUUCCCAGGUGUCUGCUGAACGAACUUCAAGGGAUGCUGUCUCUGUUAUGGUCGACUCUUCAGCCGUUAAAGUUGAAAAGGAUUCUGGAUCAAUGAUUUCUGUAUUGAUGUAUGGUUACAUGUUCGAGUGCAUGAUCGUUGAUGAUGUUGAUAUUUCUGUUAAUCGUUUGGUGCUUAAUAGUGUUCUUGAUAAUCGGUCAUAUGUGUAUGCUCAUGUAAUCGACUGGUGUUGA